GAGACAAAAAAAGUUCGGAAAAUUAGUCAUUAUUUUGUUACCGUUAACUUCGGGACCAAUGAAAAAAUAACAAUUAAACAUAUAACAUUUCAUAUCUUCUUUCAAACAAUUAAACAAACAACAUACACAAUCAACCAAUGACAAAAUACCACACAAAAAAAGCAAAAAGAAAAAACAACACAAUCAACCAAUGACAAAAUCCCACAGAAAAAAUAAAAAACAAAAAAAUAAAAGAGGACCCACCGCGGGUCCACCAUUUCCUCUAGCCAAAUUUGGCUUUUUCACCUUUUUGGAAGCUAAAUUUGGCUCCCAAUUCACCAAUACCCAUUUUUAGCUCCCAAAAUAAUGUGGGUUGGAGCACAAAAAAAGAGCUAAAAAUGGGUAAAUGGCUUUUUAGCUCUAGGGUUGGAGUUAGUCUAAGAAUGACCCACCGUUUAUCUGCUAUAACUGCGGAAAACCGGGUCAUAUGGCAAAAAAGUGCAGGAACAAGCAAAACCCCGCAGCUGCGGCCAGGGUUAACUUGACAGAAGAGGAUUUGGUAGCCAUGAUCACAGAUAUGAUCACUGAAGUUAACCUCAUCGGUGACUCAGAAGGAUGGUGGCAGGAUAUAGGUGCAUCGAAGCAUGUAUGCAACAAUCGUGCUAUGUUUAAAACAUACACAGAAGCACCUGCUGACAAGAAAGCGUUGUUGGGGACUACUCACACCACUAUGGUUGCUGGUUCUGGUGAAGUGGAGCUGAACUUCACCUCUGGGAAGAAGAUGGUGCUCAAGGAUGUGUUGCACACUCCAGAGAUAAGGAAGAAUCUUGCUUCAGGAUAUCUUCUUAAUAAGGCUGGGUUUAAUCAAUCUAUUGGGGCAGACUUGUAUACCCUUACUAAGAAUGAGAGUUUUGUGGGAAAGGGAUAUGCAUGUGAUGGGAUCUUCAAGUUGAAUGUCGAAAUUAAUGAGAUGAAUUCUUCAGUUUACAUGGUGUGUAAUUUGAAUGUUUGGCAUGCUCAUCUUUGUUAUGUGAACACACGAAUUGUGAAGAAUUUAAGCAAGUUAGGACAUAUCCCUAAACUCUCAAUGAAUAAAUUUGAUAAAUGUGAUUUCUAUAGCCAAGCUAAAAUAACGAAAACGCCCCAUAAAUCUGUGAGUAGAGAAUCAGAACCCUUAGAUCUGAUUCAUUCUGAUAUUUGAGAACUAGAUGGGACGUUAACUAGGUCUGGCAAGAGAUACUUUAUCACUUUCAUAGAUGAUUGCUCUGAUUAUUGCUUUGUUUAUUUGAUGAAAAACAAAAGUCAAGCCCUUGAUAGGUUCAAGGUAUUUGUGAUUGAAUUUGAAAAUCAGUGCAAUCGAAAGAUAAAAAGACAUAGGAGUGAUAGAGGAUCAGAGUAUGACUCUAAUCCCUUCAAGGAAUUCUAUAGCUCACAUGGUAUCAUUCAUGAAACCACGGCACCAUAUUCACCAGAAAUGAAUGGUAAAGCUAAGCGGAAAAAUAGGACGUUUACAGAAUUAGUUGUCGCUAUUAUGCUCAAUUAUGGAGCUGCUUCUUCUUGGUGGGGUGAUAUUUUGUUGACGGUUUGCUAUGUGCUAAAUCGUCUUCCAAAAACAAAUAGAAAAGAAUCACCCUAUGAGAUCUUGAAGAAUAAGCCACCUAAUCUGUCCUAUUUAAGAACGUGGGGCUGUUUGGCCUACGUAAGAAUUUCGGAUCCUAAGAGGAUUAAGUUGGCUAGUCGAGCAUAUGAAUGUGUCUUCGUUGGCUAUGCGGCCAAUAGUAAGGCAUAUAGAUUCUAUGAUUUGAAUGCUCGUACUAUAAUAGAAUCCAUUGAUGCUGAUUUCUUUGAGACACGAUUUCCAUUUAAAACGAGAAAUAGUGGAGGUAAUGUACUACCCGCUAUUAGAGAUAACAGAACUAGUGGGGGUGUUGGUUCUGAGGAUGAACUCAGAAGAAGUAAAAGAGCUAGAAUCUUGAAAGAUUUUGGUGAUGACUUUACUACAGUAUACACCCUCGAAGAUCCAAAAAGUUUCCAGGAAGCAUUAACUUCCAUAGAUUCAGAUUUUUGGAAUGAGGCCGUUAUAGAUGAAAUGGAAUCAUUAGAAGCUAAUAAGACUUGGCAUCUAACAGACUUACCUCCUGGGUGCAAAGUCUUAGGUAAUAAAUGGGUUCUAAAAACGAAACAGAAACCUGAUGGUGCAAUCGAAAGGUUCCGAGCUCGCCUAGUAGUUAAGGGCUACAGGCAGAGAGAGAAUAUAGAUUUCUUUGAUACCUGUUCACCAGUAUCAAGAAUAACAUCCAUUCUUGUUAUGAUUGCUCUUGCUGCCUUGAACAAUCUCGUGGUACACCAAAUGGAUGUUAAGACCGCUUUUUUGAAUGGUGAUCUGGAUGAAGAAAUCUAUAUGGAACAACCAGAAGGGUUUGUUAUCCCCGAACACGCCUCGAAAGUCUGUAAGUUAGACAAAUCAUUAUAUGGUUUGUCUGUUAGUUAGACAAAUCAUUAUAUGGUUUGAAACAGGCUCCAAAACAGUGACAUGAGAAGUUUGACACUCUCGUUCUCUCACAUGGCUUUCAGGUGAAUGAAAGUGACAAGUGUAUUUACUACAAGUCAGAAAAUAACACUUGCACUAUCAUAUGUUUGUAUGUAGAUGACAUGUUGAUAUUUGGUACAAAUAUUUACGUGGUCAAUGAAGCAAAAGCCAUGUUGAAAGAGAGCUUUGAGGUAAAAGAUCUGGGAGAAGCAAAGUUUAUGCUUGGAAUCCAGAUAACCAGAACACCAAAUGGUUAUUCUCUAUAUCAAUCUAGCUACAUAGAGAAUAUCUUGAAGAAAUGUAACUAUUUCGACUGUAAACCUGCGUGUACUCCGUAUGAUGCUAGUGUAAAGCUAUUUAAGAACACUAGAGACAGUGUAAGACAAUCAGAAUAUGCUAGCAUCAUUGGCAGUCUCCGUUAUGCUGCGGAUUACACUUGACCAGACAUUGCAUAUGUCGUGGGAUUGCUUGUAGGGGUGUUCAAACGAUUUGGUUACCGUGGUAACCGUUUUAACCGGUACUAUUUGGAUAAUUUGGUUUGGUUUGGUUAAAGUUUUUAGCUUGUUUGGUUUAGGUGGUUUGGUUUCAGACACUCCUAACCAGUCAAACCAAAUUAACCAGUUAAUUAAUU